AUGUUUAGUUCAACUGUUGAAGUUUUACAAAAUAUAAUCGAUGGUGCAAUUGAUGGAGAAAAUCGGGCAGAAGGAGAAGAUGAUGGAUGGGAUGGCUUACUCACCACUGUGAUAUCAUUUUGUGAGAAGCAUCGCAUUGAUGUCCUGGAUAUGAAUGCUCGUUAUGUUGCGAGGCGAGGUCGAGCUCGUAAUCAACCAGAUAACGUUACAAAUGAGCAUCAUUAUCGAGUAAAUAUUUUUUAUGCUACAAUAGAUUCUCAACUACAGGAACUAAACUAUCGGUUUAAUGAAGAUGCAAUGGAGUUGCUUAGGCUUAGCUCAGCUUUAGAACCUCGAGAGGCAUUAAAAUCUUUCAGAAUUAGUGAUCUUUGUUUGUUGGUAAAGAAUUUCUAUCCACAAGAUUUCACAGAUUAUGACAAACAAGUGUUGGAGAAGGAGCUUUAUCAUUUUGAGCAUAAUGUAGUCCAAGAUCCAGAGUUCAAAAAAUUGAAAAGUUUAUCUGAGUUGUCUCAAUGGAUAUAG